GGCGCUGAUCGUUGAUCAACAGAUGCAAUUCCAUCGGGACUCGGGGCUGUUUGGGACCUUUUAAAUGAUAUUGGAAGAGAAAGGAUGACGCUUUCCUACAGUUACACCCCGGAUUACUUUUCGCUGACAGAUAUUUUGUGUACGGAGGAGCGAGUAUCGUGCAAAGUAGAGGUCACGCUGCCUCGCCUGGGUUUUCUGGACCUUUCUUCGGAGUCGGAGAACCUGACGCCGGGUACGAAGCUGGAGCUUCCACUAUGGUUGGCGCAACCGUUGAAUAAAGCAAGGGAAUCAAUAGUCAGCGUGGACAUACCCAAGACGUACAAGGAGGGCUACAGGGAAAUUUUAUUAGCAGACGCCUGUACCGUCGUACUGAAUAAAUGGAAUCCGUAUUAUUACGAGCUGGGAAUGUAUUUGCGGAAGUUCAACAAUCGCGACUGCGAAAUGAUAAUCGACAGUUUGCUACUGACUUUUAGAUCGCGAUUUAGACUAGUCAUGGACUGGGCGCAAAAUCCUGUCUCCGAUCCUAUGCUCAAUGGUUUACUGCCGAGAUUAGAGAGAGACCUGUUCUUUACGGGCAGGAAGGCCAAGCUGCAAUUGAACGAAUGGUUGAGAAAGGGCUCGAGCGUUAUCGAAACUUCACAGAGCGCCGUGAAUCUUAGGAAGCGAAAACGUACGGACUGCGAGCUAGAUUGAAAGGUGCGCUACGCACGAUGUGAUAGGACAAAUAUUAAGUACAAUAAUUUAUACUUGCGCGAUGUAAUUUUUUUUUAUACGAUUGAUAUAACAAGUGCGAUUAUAAUAUUAAAUACAAUUUAUUGUCUUAUACAUUGAAACUACAUAUCCCUUUAUUUAAAGAUACAAAUAUAUCUGUGUAACUUAUUACUUAUUAAAUAACAAUUAAAAAUGAUAUAUAUAUGUUUAUAUACAUAUGUAUCUUGCAUGUGGAAUCAGUCACAUUCGAACUGUCAACAAUAUAUAUAUAUAGAUAUAUAUAUAUAUAAAGAAUCGUACAACAAAAAGUGGUAAUAUCUAUUUCACAACCCAUGACUAAAAAUUGUUAUAUACCUUAGUAAAUAUAUAUACGAUGAAACACUAAUAUAUUACACUUUCCAGUGGAAUAUCGAUUUUUUAUUAACAAUGAUAAUUGUACGCGUUUUCUUUUCUCUUGCGCUACUUUAUACCUUAUAUUAAACGUUAAUAUUUAUUAAACUCUUCGUACAAAAAUAUAAAAUAUAUUUGCCGAGCUAAUUUGCAGUAUCUACGACUUAUAUUAAAAUAUAUGUCUUUUUUUGUAUAGCGUUAUGUGUUGUGAAACUUUGUUUAUAUGCAUGUGACACUGAAUACAUGUCAUGAAGAACCAUACAGAAUAUAGUAA